AUGGGGGAUAUGUCCUCGCCGAAUGCCCCCGCAGUAGUCGAGGAACGCAACGGCGAGAUAGAAUUCCGCGUCGUCAACAACGAUGGUGAGCGGGAGAGUGUCAUCAUCCUGAGCGGGUUGAAAUGCGUUUUCCAAAAGCAGCUACCGGAAAUGUCAAAGACCUACAUCGCGCGUCUCGUCUACGACAGAGCACACGUGUCCAUCAUCAUCGUGAGGAGGCGAUUGGAAGUAGUGGGAGGCAUCACGUACCGGCCGUUCGAGGACCGCGGGUUUGCCGAGAUUGCCUUUUGCGCCGUCUUGUCGGAUGAGCAGAUCAAGGGAUACGGAACACACCUCAUGUCACACCUGAAGGACUACAUCAAAGCAUCAUCGAAUAUGAUGCAUCUUCUGACCUAUGCCGACGACUUGGCCAUCGGCUAUUUCAAGAAACAGGGCUUCACAAAGGACAUCAUGUUGGAUGAGUCGGUUUGGAAGGGGUGUAUCAAAGACUAUCAGGGCGGGACUCUCAUGCAGUGCUCCCUGCUCCCAAGGAUCCGCUACCUGGAGCUGGGCCGCAUGCUCUUGAAGCAGAAGGCAUGUGUCCAGGCCAAGAUACAGGCUCUUAGCAAGAGCGACGUGGUCCAUCAGCCUCCCAAAGCGUGGGAGAACGGCGUCAUCCCCAUCGACCCCCUAUCCAUCGACGCGAUCCGGGCGUCGGGCUGGUCACCCGAGGUGGACGAGCUGAUGAGACAAUCGCGUCACAGGCCGAGCUACAGGCAGCUGUCGCGUCUUCUGAGUGACCUGCAGAAACAUAAAUCAUCGUGGCCAUUCCUCGAGCCUGUCAGCAAAGACGACGUCGCCGAUUACUAUGAAACCAUCAAGGAACCUAUGGAUCUUAGUACUAUGGAGGCCAGGUUGGAGAGGUACAUGUGGGAGCAGAUACUAAUAGCGAGUUGCCUGGCGCAGGGUCGACGCGAGAACGUGACGGCCCAAGACGGCCGUUUCACUUUCCACUGGUUGCAGGUUGUUCUAUAUUUGCUAUCCCCGUUCCAAACACAGCAGUUGGGUACGGGGUUCUACGGGAACCGCGCCAACUGUCUUAAUCCACAAAUGGGCACUUCCCUGAUGGGCAUUGCAACAACCACCGAGGCACCCACCUAA